AUGAAGAAUAAUGAGCGUCUGGCUAAUAUUGCCUUGGCCGGUUUGACUUUGGCCCCGCUGGUUGUGAAGGUGGACCCGAAUUUAAAUGUCAUAUUGACAGCUUGCCUUGCAGUUUAUGUGGGUUGCUACCGUUCUAUCAAGCCAACUCCACCUUCAGAGACAAUGUCCAAUGAACAUGCCAUGCGAUUUCCCUUGGUUGGAAGUGCCAUGUUGUUGUCAUUAUUCUUGCUCUUUAAGUUCCUGUCAAAGGACUUGGUUAAUGCUGUAUUGACGUGCUACUUUUUUGUACUUGGGAUCGUCGCUCUCUCGGCAACAUUGUUACCAGCAAUCAGUCGUUUUUUGCCGAAACAUUGGAAUGAUAAUCUCAUAUUAUGGCGUUUUCCAUAUUUCCGGUCUUUGGAGGUUGAGUUUACAAGAUCACAGGUCAUUGCUGCAAUUCCUGGAACUUUCUUCUGUGCAUGGUAUGCUUCACAGAAGCAUUGGCUAGCUAACAAUACACUGGGGCUCGCAUUCUGCAUUCAGGGAAUUGAAAUGCUUUCGCUGGGCUCGUUUAAGACUGGUGCCAUUCUCUUGGCUGGACUUUUCGUAUAUGACAUCUUCUGGGUCUUUUUUACUCCAGUAAUGGUUAGCGUUGCAAAAUCUUUUGAUGCUCCUAUAAAGCUUUUGUUCCCGACAAUGGAUUCUGCACGACCAUUUUCAAUGCUUGGUCUUGGAGAUAUAGUUAUUCCUGGCAUUUUUGUAGCAUUGGCACUGAGAUUUGAUGUUUCCCGGGGGGGAGAGAGCCAGUACUUCAAGAGUGCUUUUCUGGGGUACACAGCCGGUUUGGUCCUCACAAUAGUUGUCAUGAACUGGUUUCAAGCUGCACAGCCUGCGCUUUUGUAUAUCGUGCCAUGUGUUAUUGGAUUUUUGGCUGCACAUUGCGUAUGGAAUGGGGAAGUUAAACCAUUGUUGGAGUUCAACGAAUCUAAAACCAGUACUAAGUCGGACGAAGCUGAAGCUGAAGCUGAAGCUAAAUCGAACAAGAAAGAAGAGUGA